AUGAGGUCAGCGGGCAAACUCGACAGUGACCAAGCGCGACACGUCUCCACGGCUUCGGAACGUCAUAUAUCACAAAGUGGACUCAACAAGAACCUAGUGACCCCAGCAACACCCCAGACGGUCCCCACACCCCAGAAAACACCCCAGAUGGCCCUCCAUACCUCAGUAAAACCCCAGCCAGAUGCCCCGCAAACACCCCAGACGGUCCCUACACCCCAGAAAACACCCCAGAUGGCCCUCCAUACCUCAGUAAAAUCCCAGCCAGAUGCCCCGCAAACACCCCAGACGGCCCCGUACUCUCCACCAACACUCCAGACGGCCCACAAAACCCCGACACCCCAAAACACACCCCAGCAACAUCCCAGACGGCCUUCCACUCCCCAGAAACACCCCAGACGGCCCUUCAAGUCCCCCAAACACUCCACCAAAAUCCCAGACGGUCCAGGACACACCCCAGCAACACCCCAGACGGCCCUCCACACCUCAGUACCGCCACCCCAGGACACACAGCUGAGGGAGGGAAUCUAA